CGGGACAUUUGCGUCCGAGUCCAUUUCUAUUUUUGCAUCAGUUGGGAAUUAUGUGUGCUUUUCUUUGUUGUGUCUUUUAGUGAUGAUUCGUGUGUAGUCCCCCCUGUAACCUGCACGAGGUUACUGUACAGUGUAUAUAGCCGACCAAGUUACGCCUGUAAAUACUAACAAGCAUAAAUAUUCGUCGUCAGUCCGUUAAAACGAAAGGGCCGUUGCGGACUGGUGCCAGUGCUCUUUUUUCGCCGCUACGAACAUGGCCAUGGUUCAGCAUGACGGCAGUCAAGAGACGUUGGAUAACGGGGAGGACAGGGAGACGGUGGUGACGGAAGAGGAGGAAGAAAAGGUCGUCGAGGCUCUCGUGGACAUUGCGGAUGUUGCCAGUACGAAUUUUGCUGGCACGGAUGUUGCCGGCGCAGAUGUUGCCGGCAUGGAUGUCGCCGACGCAGAUGUUGCCAACGUGGAUGUCGCCGACGCGGAUGUUGCUGAUGCGGAUGUCGCCUGCGUAAAUCUAGCCGGCGCAAAUGUAGCCGGCACCAAUAUCGCCAGCGCGGAUGUUGUUGGCACGGAUGUCGCCGGCGCGGAUGUUGCCGGCUCGGAUGUUGCCAGCACGGCUGUUGCCGGCUCGGAUGUUGCCAGCACGGCUGUUGCCGGCUCGGAUGUUGCCAGCACGGCUGUUGCCGGCUCGGAUGUUGCCAGCACGGCUGUUGCCGGCUCGGAUGUUGCCAGCACGGCUGUUGCCGGCUCGGAUGUUGACAGCACGGCUGUUGCCGGCUCGGAUGUUGACAGCACGGCUGUUGCCGGCUCGGAUGUUGACAGCACGGCUGUUGCCGGCUCGGAUGUUGCUAGUUUGGAGGUUACCAACAAUGAUAAUGCCAGUGCUGAUGCUACUAGUGCGGCGGACGUUGCCAGUGUAGAUGUCAUUGGUGCGGAACAGUCAAUUCCUCCCGAUGCCUCUCCCACGGAAGUCUACGACAAGGUGGAGGUGGGGGGCCGAGAGGAGGUAGGGAAGCCGGAAGAGGAAGGGGAGGAGGGGGAUGUAGAGAAAGGGGAAGAGGAGGCGAAGAGAAAAGGGGAGAAGCCACCUCGGCACCAGUAUUCCAAGGCGGAGCUGCUGAAGUUUCGGCACGACGGACCCUGUCGCAAGAGGCCCGCCUGCUUGGACUCUGCCUACAACAACCUGUCCGGCAUGUGGGACCCCGAGCGCUGGUUCCUGGGCAAGCGCCGGGGAGGCGCGACGCCCCCCGCGACCGCCGACGAGCCCUCCUCGGGCGGCGGGCCGACGCCGGCCCAGGGCCCCAGCGCCCCCGGUGCCCACGGGGCCGCUCUGCGCACCAAGCGGGAGCGCCUGGACUCGGAAGGGGGCUCCGGGGAGCCCCUGGGGGGCCCCAAGCGCCGCAACCCUCCGGCGGACCCCAAGGAGCGGCUGGCCCGGGAGGAGCGGGACGACCUGGUGCUGAGCCCCCAGCGGCGCAGCUUCGGCACGGGCUGCCACGUGCCGCAGCCCAGCGCGCCCCCGGACGGGCCCUCCAAGGACGGGGACGGGCUGGCUCACCGAGAGCCCAGCCGCCGCAUUGGCAGUGGGCGCAUCCUGAGAGAUCAGCGAGACUGGGACCGGGAGAACCGGGAGUACGGCUACGGAGGACGCCGCUUCGAGGACGCCGGCCACGCUGGCGGACACUCCGGCCGCUACGGGGGAGACCGACGCAGAGGCCGUGACGAGCGCAUCGAGGAGGAGGAGGAGCCGGAGUGGUUUGUGGGCGGCCCCACCAGCCAGCACGACACCAUCGAGCUGGUGGGCUUCGACGAGGACCCCGAGGGGGGUCGCAGGGUCGGCCGGCGGUCCCGCCGCAGCCGCGAGUUUGCCCGCAAGCAGCAGCAGCAGGCACUACCCACCCAGCAGAACGGGGGCACCCGAUCUCCCGAACCGGGUCAAGAUGGGCCUGCACCCACCACAGGGAGCUCCCUCACCACCGGGGGCACCAAGUCCACCUCUCUCCACCCUCUGACAGUGAGGUUUCGUCUCUCAGGCCUUGAAGCUCAAGAUGUGCUCCCUGGGUCGGACACCAGCCAGGAGUCCAGCGUGGCCACUGCCCUGUCCAGCCUAGACACGAGCAAGUCGGACCAGGGGGUGUCGUGCAUGCCGCUGACGUCCAGCCCGACGCUACCGGACGGCCUGGCAGCCCCUGCCCUGCCCUCGCAGGAUGGCUUCGACCUCAACGAGAUCUUCAGGGCCGACUGGUGCCCCCAGUUCCUCUCGGAGGAACCCCUGGAAGGACCCCCCACGGGGGGCAGCCGAUUCAGCCAGUGGUUCCGCAGGGACAGCCCCCCUCCCCAGGGGGACCAGGGAGGGGAGUCGAGGAGGCCGUCCUCGGUGCACGACGACCUCAUGGCUCGCGUCCUGGCUUCCGGGUCAGGUGAGGGUGGGCUGCGUUUGCCGUCCCCGGAUUCGUACUUCACACCCAUCAGCCCCGCCCUGCCUCGGGACCAUGGCAGUGACCUGCACCCGCUCUACGGGGUGCAUCCCGCGCGGCCGUCUCCCCCGCCCCAUCAUUCGGGCCAGAAGAACAUCCUUGACAUCCUGCUGGACGCCAACAUCGACGUGGAGGCGCACCUGCUCAACGGGGACGCUCACAAGACUGCUCAGCUCCGGGAGCACGCGCUCUCUGGCAAGGCCAAGAGCGUUGCCGAGCUGGAGGCCGACCUGAAACAAGUGGUGCUCGGAGGUGGCGGCAAGGGUGGCCAGCUGACGAUGCAGCAGCAGCUCCAGCGCCAACAGCAUCAGCAGCAACAGCAGAGUCAGCAGCACCUGCAGGGCCUGCUGAGCAAGCUCGGAGGAGGCCCUGGGGGGCCCCCGCAGCAGCACCACCACCACCACCACCUUCAGCAGCCCAUCCCGGCAGUGCCUGAGAGGGCAUUGCAGGAGGAGGACCUGCUCAGGGCGUCCUACGGCCACCCAGCGCACAACAUGGCCAUGCAUGCUGGGGGCAGCCAUCGUGGGGCACCCCAGCAGCAACAGCAGACGCAACCGGCACUGCUUGCCCAGCUGCUGCAGCCCAAGCCCCAGGGGGGCCCCGAGAUGCUCAUGAAGAUGCUGGGGGCCCACCGGGUGGGGCCCGUGUCCCCCGGCCUGCCCCUUCACCCGCCCCUCAGCCCCACCCCGCUGGCUCCCCACAUGGUGGCCAGGCACGACCACAUGGCCGCUGCUGCAGCUGCCACGAUGCUCCGUCAGCAGCAGCAUCACCAGCAACAGCAGCAGCAACAGCAGCAGGAGAUGUUGCAGAGCCUGCUGAAGCCUCCCCUGCUCACCACUCAGCGGCCCUCCCCCACGCAGCAGCUGGGACUGCUGGCUCCGGGCCCCCUGGUGGGGACCUCGUGCCAGUCGCCUCUGCCCCAGGACCCUCGCAGGGUUCCCUCCCCGCUCGUGUUUGGCCAACAUGCGUCGCCCAUCCCUCCAGCUGGGACGCCCAAUCCAAUGGCCUCUGGCCAGUCGUCCAACACCCUGCAGGUCAACACCGCAGGCCUGCGUCCCCGGGUGCCAUCUCCCCAGGAGCUGGCGGUGCACACGCAGUCGAUCCUGCAGACGGCGCUCAUCAAGAAGAUCCUCGAGGAGCAGAAGCACAAGGAGAACCUCCGCAAGCAGCAGGAGGCACAGAGGACCCGGUCCCCGACACUGCCGCAACAAGGGGUGGGCCCCAACCGGGGGGCUUCGCCGUCCAAGGGCCUGAGCCCCACCAUGGCCACCUUCACCCCGACCUCGGUGAUGCGCAAGAUGCACCUGGAGCAGAGGCAGGACCACCCCAAGGUGUCCCCCACCCACUGGUGGCCCCUGUCUUCUUGGUCUCCAGCAGGACCGGGGGGUCCCAAGACCAACGGGACGGAAGAGUGCGACCAGCAGCGCCUGGGUAACGGGACGGUGGUCCCCGGUCGUGCCUCCCUGGGCAGGGCCAUCAUCAAAGGCAGUAACCCCAUGGGGGGGGACCCCAAGGGCCCCCAGCACAAGCAGUUCCCCCAGCACCCACCCCAGGCGCCGGUGCUUCGCUCGGACGUGGACAUGGUGGCCAAGCUGCUGGAGCAGCAGCGCCUGCUGGGGCUCCAGCAGCAACAGCAGCAGCAGCAACAACAGCAGAGGGGCGUGCCUCCCCCACCGGGGGUGCUGGGCCUGGUCAGGGGCCCUCCCCCGCCCGUACAGGCCAUGAAGCUGGCCCCAAUGAUGCGGCCCCCCAUGGCCCCACAGUCCACUCAGGGCGCCCCCCCGGUCUCCGCACCCAGAGUGGGCGCUCCCCUGAAGGGCACGGGACCCCCCAUAGAGAUGCUGCAGCAGGCCCUGGCCCACGGACUGCAUCCUCUGACCUUCCAGCAGCUGUUGCUGGGUGCCAACGGCCCCCCCGGCGCGGGGGGCCCCUUCGGGCCGCCCAUGCACCACGCCCAAGGGGGACACCAGCAGCACCCCUUUGCGACCAUGGGGCCUAGGGACGUCAAGAGUGGACCCCACGGCGGGCCCGGCCGCCCCGCAAUGGCACCUGGUGGCGGCCUGUCCAGCGCCACGCCGGCAAACCUGGCCAAGUGGUUUGGCAGCGACGUGCUGCACCAGCCCACGAUGCCGCCCGUGCCCCACCAGAAGGCACUGCUCGUCGAGGAGGUGGAGCGCCAGCAGCAACAGGCCACCACCGUCAAGAACUGAGCGCCCAUGGGUGUCGCCGGUGCGGGCAACGUGCGAUAACUGCGGUGCACUCGAACUGUCUGUGGUCAUCGUCCGCCAUCGGUUGACGUGUAAAAAAGCUCUUGCCUUUUUCGUUGUCAGUCUUUGAGUCUAGUUGUUUGCGGCAGAGGGUGGUGGAGACUGUAGAGAAGCGAAAAAAGUGUGCCGCUCGCUCGAUUCAGGGGCGUAGCGUUUCGUUUCUUGGAAUGCCAGCGUUACAUAGUGGCGGCAUUUAAACUUUUUUCGUGUUUGCGUUUUUUCUAAUUUUCCCUUUGGUGCCUGUGUCGUUCGGUGCCCGCGUGUGUCGACGGUCGUGCGCCAAAACGGUGAAAAAAAAGUGGUGGACUACUCCUGCCUUUUCUCUAUGCUGGUCUCCUCUCCAACCCCCCUCUUCCUCUCUCCAUUCUUUCGUAGAGCUGUGUGUCUGUGCUCGGACUUUGUGUAAUUUAACGAUUUAAAUUUGGCAUUCUUUUGGUUCCCUUUUGUUUUUCGUGUCUUUGCGUCUGUCGUCGUGAUCGUUGCAGCUCCAGUACAAAGGGGAAAUGAAACAAAAGAAAGGCUGCAUUCUUCAUUUUUUUAUUUCUCGUCCUCGUGUGUCGUUCUAGUUUCCUCGCUUGGCCUUCUUGCAUUGGUUCGGUCGGUCGUGGGCCAGCAAUUUCCUCAGGGUCGGGUCGGCGUCGAUCCAUCGUCUCGUCCCAUCGGCGAACGCCGGCAAGGGGAUGUUCCACCUUGUACGCUUUUUCUGAUCGCCAUAAACGUGCGGCGCGAGUGGAUGGAAAAGCGCCGCCACGUCUGAGUUGGCUGCCCGAAUGGGGCGGCCCUCUUCAUUUCUUUUUAAGUGUCUCUCGUUUGGCGUUUUCGUUAGCUGCUUUCCCGGCCCGUCAUCACGUCUGGUGGUCGUGGUAGCCUCCGGUGUUUGUGCAGUCCACAAUUUAGUUUUCUGUUCAUAUGUUUGUUUUCUUGGCCAGUGUGGCCCUCCCUCGUGCUGAAGACGAGCCCAUCGCGGCGUUUUUUUUGGAAGGAUACCAUUGUUGUAGACGAGUCCGAGUCUAGCCUUUGUUGUCCGUACUGUUCCAAACCCCUCCGCCCGUCUGCCCUGCGAGCGAAAUCCGCCCGGGUCGGCGGUUGGACGGUGGCGAGCUGUUGUGGCACUUCCGUGACAAUCUUGCCAAUCUUACCCGCGUUCCUUCGGUUGUUCUUUCUUUGUACGUAGGUUUUUGGUCCUCGCUUAGUUCCGAGCGACGUCCCUCCGUGUCAGCGUCGACCGGUCAUUCUUUUGCAGCUGGUUCUGUUCUCCGCGGUAGUCUGCUGCUGGUCCUCGGCCUUUUUCGUUGGUUUCUUGUCUGGUCGUCCGCUCGUUGCCGUCGGUCGUCGUGUCUGUGUUGUCCGUCGUUUUCGUGCCGAUUGUGAAAAAGGAGACACGCACACUGGAGAAAAAAAAAAAACGCAACAGUUAAAAGUAAAGAAAAGGUCUGUGAUAGUCUCAAGCUUCUUCACCCCCCCUCCCGGUCGGCACGUUGUCCCUUUGCGUUGUUUUCUUGGUUGCGCGCGAAAUGCGGGUCUUGCAUCCUGUCUUGUCGAGCAGCAGAGGGAUAUGAGCACCUCAAAUGUGUUUGCUCUCGUGCCGGUGUGUGUGUGCGUGCGCGCAGAUGGGUGCUGGACCGUUAAUGCCAGUUGUUGCACCCGUUUGUCCACGGUUGUACAUAGUGAAGUGUGCCCCCUCCCCCGCAUCUUUUUCGCACGUUCUAUGUAAGCUGCAUGUGAUGCAUGUACCGCUGUAUAUACUGUAGGCAGUUAGGGGAAAAAGAAAAAGAUGUAAUAUUGAGUCUAUCGAGGCGUCCUCCGCAGCUCGUAAGCAACACCCCUGUCUAGGUUCGGCUUCUGUACUGGCUAGUACCAGUCUGUAACGAGCUUUGUUUUCUAAUGGAAUACUGGUGGGUCAGGAAGGCUGUUUGUGUUGCACCAGAAGGUGUGUGUGUGUGUGUGUGUGUGACUCGUUUAUGUAAAUAGUGUGUGCGUAUAAAUGUGCGCGUCGUGGUGUGUGUGCGUGUGUGCAAAUAUAACUGGAGUAUUUCGUUGUAACUCGAGAAGAGUUUUAAAAAAAAAUAAUACAAAGUCUUGACCAUUUUUUUUUUGUUCAAAUUUCCGGGAAGUAGAGGCAUCAUCAAAUUCAAAGUUUGAACAAACCGGACAACAGUAUGAGCUGUAAUAUUAUGAUUGGGUGACUUUAUUUUUUUUCUUCGAAAUAAAUUUUGCCUUUUUAUUGAGUA